AUCAACAGAUAAUAAAGCGGAUAAAAGAAUCCGGGCGAAAAUACAAUUGCACCAUCUCCAGCUGAGCUCUCAUGGAGGCCUCUGCACAAUUUUCGACAGUUGUCUCCCGCCAUUUCUCACCUUCUUCAACACUCCAAAUUCCCAAACUGCCCCUCCCCAGCCCCAGAGUCCCCAAGAGCUCCUCUUCCCGGACCUGCUCCGCUCAAUCGCUCUCCUUCUCCGCCGGAAACUCGUUCACCAGAGAGGUAUGGGGAGUGGUAAAUUCAAAGACUAGCGUUGUUCACAUAAGGGAAAUGCGAGGCGUUGUGAGAGCGGAGAUGUUUGGGCAGCUGACCAGCGGUCUCGAAACCGCUUGGAACAAGCUCAAGGGAGAAGAGGUUUUGACCAAGGAAAACAUUCUGGAACCUAUGAAGGAUAUCAGGAGAGCUCUUUUAGAAGCAGAUGUUAGCCUUCCCGUAGUUAGAAGAUUUGUUCAGUCUGUAAGUGAUCAAGCAGUUGGCACUGGAUUGAUCCGAGGAGUGAAACCUGAUCAGCAAUUAGUUAAGAUCGUGCGUGAUGAGCUAGUACAACUAAUGGGGGGAGAAGUAUCUGAGCUGGUUUUUGCAAAAUCUAAACCAACUGUCAUUUUGUUGGCCGGGUUGCAAGGUGUUGGAAAGACAACUGUCAGCGCGAAGCUAGCUUUAUAUCUUAAAAAGCAGGGGAAGAGUUGCAUGCUAAUUGCUGGGGAUGUUUACAGACCUGCUGCGAUAGACCAGUUGGUCAUUUUAGGUGAACAGGUUGGGGUGCCAGUGUAUGCAGCUGGAAAUGCAAUUAAACCUGCAGAAAUAGCAAAGCAAGGUUUGCAAGAGGCCAAGAAAAAGAACGUAGAUGUGGUCAUAAUGGAUACUGCUGGAAGACUUCAGAUAGAUAAAACCUUGAUGGAUGAACUGAAAGACGUCAAAAGAGUAUUAAAUCCCACAGAGGUUUUGCUUGUUGUAGAUGCAAUGACUGGCCAAGAAGCUGCUGCAUUGGUAACAACAUUCAAUGUUGAAAUUGGAAUCACUGGUGCCAUCUUAACCAAGCUAGACGGGGAUUCUAGAGGUGGUGCAGCCUUGAGUGUAAAAGAGGUGUCAGGGAAGCCAAUUAAGCUUGUAGGAAGAGGAGAGCGUAUGGAAGACCUUGAACCUUUCUAUCCAGAUCGUAUGGCUGGACGCGUCCUUGGAAUGGGUGAUGUUUUAUCAUUUGUGGAGAAAGCCCAAGAAGUUAUGCAACAAGAAGAUGCUGAAGAUUUGCAGAAGAAGAUCAUGAGUGCAAAAUUCGAUUUCAAUGACUUCUUGAAGCAAACUCGAGCAGUUUCACGGAUGGGCUCAAUGUCUCGUGUUAUUGGAAUGAUUCCAGGCAUGGGGAAGGUUACUCCUGCACAAAUUCGAGAGGCAGAAAAGAACACAAAACUAAUGGAAUCUAUGAUCGAAGUAAUGACCCCAGAGGAAAGGGAAAAACCAGAACUGUUGGCGGAAUCACAAGUCAGAAGGAAAAGAGUUGCUCAAGAUUCCGGAAAAACAGAGCAACAGGUGAGUCAACUCGUAGCUCAGCUUUUCCAAAUGCGCGUACGAAUGAAGAACUUGAUGGGAGUAAUGGAAGGUGGAUCACUACCUUCAUUGAGCAAUCUGGAGGAUGCCUUAAAGGAAGAACAAAAGGCUCCCCCUGGUACAGCCAGGAGAAAGAAAAAAUCGGACUCGAGGAGGCAAUUCGCAGGCUCGUCGGCAAAGCCUGGUCCUCGAGGUUUUGGGGGCAAGAAUUAAGCAACUUUGAGUUUUGAAUAUCUAAAUAUUCAUCCACACAGUUCGAUACCACUCGGAGAGAUGCACUCCUCAGUAGCUUCAGCAAUUUUAUAUCAGGGUUUUCCGCAUAUUUUUCGUUCAUUCCUUUCGAUUAAAGAAAAUGCUGUGUGUAGCUAUUGCUGGAGAUAAUUGGGUUUGACAAUAUAUGUAGUAAAUUAUAUGUAUCUUGAUUUCUUAUAAUUCAUAAUCAAUCUAUAAUUCAUAAUCAA